GCAGUGUGUCCCCCGCAGCUCGUUUCACCGGCCGUCCUGUAUUCCAGGAGGCCGGCAUCUUCAGUGUGGGCACCCGGCUGUGACUGCUUGCGGCUUCACAGCUGGGUACCCACUGCGCAUGCUCGAGUAGUGCUGCACUUCGUGAAUGGCCCUGUAGUCUUCUGGGACCUGUCACGUGUCCCAAAAGACUACAGGGAGGAAGGACACCUAGGCGAUCGGACCGGAAGUGGGAGCGGGGGGGAGCGGGUACCUGAAUUUGACAGGUACCCGCUCCCA